UAGAUAUUCUGUGGUAACCUGUCUUUGAUGGGUAUUAUUUUGAAUUUUUAACGGUUUGUAAAAGUUAAAGUUUGUCUUUGCCCUGCUGAUAAAGCAAAAAGCUUGGCAAAGACGUGAUGGACCCAAGCACAAACGAAUAUGUUAAAACACGAGAGAAAACUGAACGGAAACAAGAUGCUGACGAUGAGUGUGAUAAAAGCUCUCCAACUUUUGUAGAGAAACCGUCUUCUCGAAGAGUCAGUUUUGCUAGUAUGAAUUUCAUCAAGCAAUUUGCCAUAGACCCGGAAAAGAAUACAAUAUGGGAUGCGACAUACGAAGAAAUGCUCACGUUAGAUUCAACGCAUUCUUCUGAAAAUGUGCAUGGUACACUGUCUGCGCGGCAAACAGGCAGUUAUAAUUCGGAUAUUAGAAAAGAACAUGUUGGGGAUGCAGAAGAUUUUCAACUUGAUUUAAACUUACCUAAUAUAUGGAUGGAUAAGGAAAAUAUAAGUUUUCCAAACAAUAGUCAAACGCAAAAAGUUCAUUCUUCAAAUAAAGGAAACCGAAAAGUAUUAGCACUGUCAAGUGUGCAAUUUAUGGGCAAUAAAACUGUUUUAAACAAUAGCGACAUGGAAUUGACUAGAGCUGUAACGUUUCAAAACGUUCGAAAUAUAACGCUACCAAUAAAUGAAGCUAUGGAUUAUACGCAAUGUGUGGCUGCCGAGAACCCCAAUAAAGUGAAAAAUUGCAAGAAUGUAACGUUAUACGAUGCCAACAUUGAAUACACUUGUCAAAUACCCCAUCUUAAUUUUCCAAAAAUGCCUCUGGUGUGGCGAAAACCUCCAAAGUAUCUUCUGGAAAUUCCGAUGAUCCGUGCGAAUGUCAAUUUGUCGGUACAUUUGCCGAAUGUCAGCAGAGAGAGCAACUUGAAACAGCCUAAAAUUUAG